AUAGCACUCCUCGCGUAUAUAGUCUGCUACUUCUCCGCUGUCAAAAUUAUCUCCGUUCACGCGUGUACGUGGAUAAUUGAUUGAUGAGAUUAAAGUCAAGCCUAAAUAAAACGGCGAAUAUAUUACGUGGAAAAAAAGAGGAACGACCCCUUGAAGAGAAUCCUGUUACAUUAUGUGUCAAGCAUGCGGUUACGCUGGGUACCGCGGCGAACGAACAACCUUCCCCACAUAGCGCAUAUUCUUGCCCUCGCGUGCACCUCGGCCUUGCGUAUAUGUGGAAGUGAGAUGUGCCGAAAAGCGUCGUUAAUUUCCAUGGUAAAUUAAACGUCGACGAGAUAUUUCUGUUUGUGUCAGGCACCGACUCACCGUUUUUUUAUAUGAGAGCAAAACAAUGUCCACACUUGUACUGUGCCACAUGGGUUUGCGACUUUUCAUGCUAAACAAGAUUUGUGCUGUUUCCUUGUUUACAGAGCAAAACAAUGUCCACACUUGUACUGUGCCACAUGGGUUUGCGACCUUCCAUGCUAAACAAGAUUUGUGCUGUUUCCUUUGUUCUGUGCUACAGUAUAGGAUAUGUUAUAAGUAUUAAUGCAGGGAUGUAGGGAGAGGAGCAAAACCAUGCGUUUUCUGCAGCCCACCCCCCUCUGCUUCAAAAAUAAUGAAGUCAAAGCAAGGAAUAAAAAAAAAAACUUUUGUGUAUAAUUCAAAAACUAAGACCGAGCAGUGGUAAUGUAUAGGAAAAAGUUGUUCAGAAUAAUGAUCUUAGGCCUGUUUUUUGUCACUGCAUUGCUACACUAGUGCAAUAAGUUAGAAUAAGACAAAUAUAUUUUUUUUUAUUCUUAUUGCACCAGUACAGCAGUGCAACGACAAAGAAUGGGCCUCAUGACAACAUAUUUAAAGGUCAUCAAAAUUGGUGAGAAAUUGCUAAUGUAAAUAAUUAUCUAUAGAAUAUCUACUUUAUCUACUAAGAAAGUCUUUGAAAGAAGUAAUGAACAAUAAUGUUCUCAAGUAGUGCAUUAGUCAAAUUACAAUAGUUUCUAUCAAUAAUGGUUUUUUUAGAUAUUAAUUUUUUUAUUUUUUUGCAAUUUAUUUUUAAAAAAUAAAAUAUAAAAAAUUAAAUAGCGCGCGUGAAGCGACUGUGAGUGCCUAGUAAAACAACGAUAAUUGUAUAGAUAACUAUCUACAAAUUUGACGACUGUCAAAAUUCAAUCGCAAUGACAGCUACUCUCGCAACACGAAAUAAACACAGUGAGAGAACCAAUCGGCAUCGCAGAAAAGCGACAAUAAAUUUUGAGAGAUAAUUUCAUGGAACCUUCGAAUAUGUUUUGAGGAAAGAUGCCAUCUGAGACAGAUGCUAUAGGUAGUGUUUCCAAGGAGGAGGAGGAGGACACUGAGAGAUCUAAUGAGCAAUCUGUCACAUUGAUGACCUUAAAUUCUACGGAUCCGAUUCAAGAUUCGAAUGUGUCCGCAAAGCAUAUAGAUAGUCAUCUAACGAACGCUAAUGGUGACAAGGUGUCCACAUCUGACAUCAGAGCCAAGUUCUUUAAUUCGACUGAUGAUGUAGUGUCAACAGCGAGCGAUAGCUUUGUAAUGAUGAAUGAUUCGUUGGAAGCAGAGAAUCUAUGUUCUCAAGAUAAUAUAACAGAUACAUUGGUACCGGUUGAACAAAUCGAAGAGAGUGACAAUGACGCAGGUACUACAUGCAACGAUAUGGUACUUGAAAAUUCGAGUAAAAACUCAAUUUUUCUUACUCAUAGAAAUUUGACCAGAAAGAAAGGCUUAUUAGUAGACAGUAUUUCUGAAAGUCAUAAUACUUCAGAAUCAGCUGCCCGCUCUAAUGAUAUUUCAGAAAACGGGAAAAUUUACGGGCCUGAGAGCAAUCAUAGUAUUGACGAAGAAUACGAUAAUGAAUCUAAAACGGGGAAACUGGGGUGUAAUAAUAACAUCGACGACGCCUUAGAUAUUAGGCACAGGUCGAUCGAAGAUACGAUACCUCCGCAUAUUCGUAAGCGAUCUUUAAAAGAUGACAAUUCUGUUGCAAGUCAUGACAGUCGCGUGAACAUAUUAAAAACGUUUAGCAAUGAUGAUGAUAAAGAUUGCGGUGUAGAUCACGUAGAUAGCAAUUUAUUGGCAGAUAAAUUAACGUCUCUAUCUUUAAAUACGUCUAAAGAAUUGUCGAAUUCGCAAAGUGCGUUGGUUUCAGCUAGUUACAAUGAUGCUACUGACGAUGCGAAGGCAUCUCUAAACACGUCGGACAAUAAUAAUGAGAAUUCUCCUGAAAACGCGAUUGACGGAAGUAAAUUAUCCGGUUUGUCGUCCGAACGCAUUUGCAAGGAGACGUCAACAUCGCGAGACGCGGAAUUUGCUUCCUCGUGUUAUGAUGAGUCCGCAAGUACGAGUAAACCAUUUAAACUGCCAAUCUUAAAGAAGAUGCCUAAAACUGCCAGUGUUCAGCAGCCUGAGAUCGAGGAGAAUGCGGUUGCGCUCUUAGAUUCGUCGUUUACCAGACAAAAUCAAUUGGAGGGAGUCCGUUGCUUAGAAUUGGAGCCUCGUUCGUCAUACAGCAGUGAGGAAAGUAAUUCGGAUAUAGAGUCGCAACACGCGAGUGCAAGUAAUAAUGAUGUUAAGAAGAGACAGUGCAGACCUAAUGGAGUUGUAACGAAAGAAGGAGCAGAAUAUUAUCAGUUAUGGCGCAGUACGGGUGGCCGCUCGUCUCCCGAAUCUCUUUAUGAAACUCUCUAUCCAAUGCCACCACCGCUUCCACCAAGAGCGGUUCAUCGACCGUUACAUAGAACUAAUGCUUUACCAAGUAGCGCACCAGAGUUACCCAAACGACAUCAGAGGCAUCCUGCGCCUCUACACCCAGAGGAUUGUUUUGGAUUCGAGAUUGUUGAUGUCGAUGAAGCCUCGAAUCUCAAGUUAAGGACAGCAGUUACAAAAAGUAUUGCUCUGUUGAGUUCACCGAGAUCGCACAGACAACGAGACAGGCCAGAAUCAUCAUCAAUGGCUAAUCAAUUGGAAUGCCCGCCCACACCCAUACAUCGACCUAAACCCUUGUGUCCGUUACCAGUGUGCCAAACAUCAAAUGUGUCUCUAUCUUCAGAAGAAACUUUGCCUCCAUCAUGGGAAGCGAGAAUAGAUAGCCAUGGCCGAGUAUUUUAUAUAGACCACAUUAAUCGAACUACAACGUGGCAAAGGCCAAGCUUGACGACACGUAACACUGGCUGUGAUCUACGGAGACAACAGUUGGAUAGGCGUUAUCAAAGCGUACGACGAACCAUCUCGCGUCCCGAUAACAUAGAUCGCGAAGCGAAUGGCUCGAAUGGCAAUUCUUUCGAUAACACCGAGCGGUUGAGUGGAUCCGAUCGCACGGAUAGGGGCGAAUCCGAGCCGUUCGAUAUCACCACGAUACCACCGGUAUUGUUCCUAACGCGGCCCGACUUUUUUACUGUGCUGCACACUAACGCGGAUGCCAUGGAGGUGUACAAUCGUAAUCCAAGCUUAAAACACAUGAUCAAUAGGGUCAGAAGAGAUCCGAUAGUUUUCCCGAGAUACGAGCAUAAUAGAGAUUUAGUUGCCUUAAUUAAUGUCUUUGCCGAUCCAAACAAGGAGCUCCCAAGAGGGUAUGAGUCAAAGCUCGACAGGACAGGCAAAAGAUUUUUCAUAUGUCACGCUAGGAAGGCUACAUCCUUUAUUGAUCCACGAUUACCCACAGAAGCCGCUCACAUACGAGCGUUGUUGGAUGAGGCUCCCAUUCCACCACCCAGGCCACAGCAGGCGUCCGUCACUGCUACUUCUGAUAUACCUGUGGCCUACAAUGACAAAGUAGUUGCUUUUCUACGUCAGCCUAAUAUAAUGGAUAUUCUAAAGGAGAGACAUUCUGCGUUAGGACAGAAUAUUGCACUUCGAGAGAAAGUCAACACCAUAAGAGUCGAAGGGACUACAGCGUUACAGAGAUGGGGUCACGACGUUCCUUUAGCAUUAUUGCUAAGUUUAUUCGAGCAAGAAAUAAUGUCCUAUGUACCUGGUAGUAUGGGUAGGUCUCCUCUUGGCAGUCCGCAUGCGUCACCCGGGCUGACAAGGGCUUCCGCUAGAGCUCCCGCACCAUAUAGAAGAGACUUCGAAGCUAAACUUCGAACCUUUUAUCGAAAGCUGGAAAGUAAGGGUUAUGGGCAAGGUCCGGGAAAAUUGAAAUUGCACAUCAGGAGGGAACAUUUACUCGAAGAUGCCUUUACGCGCAUAAUGGCUGCGUCGAAGAAAGAUUUGCAGAAAGGUAAACUGGUAGUUAUCUUUGAUCACGAAGAGGGAUUAGAUUAUGGCGGACCAUCGCGAGAAUUUUUCUUUCAUUUAUCGCGCGAACUGUUUAAUCCUUAUUACGGACUAUUCGAAUAUUCCGCUAACGACACUUAUACAGUGCAAAUCUCGCCGAUGUCGGCCUUCGUGGACAACUAUCAUGACUGGUUCAGAUUCUCAGGCAGAGUUCUGGGUUUAGCAUUGGUUCAUCAGUACCUACUCGAUGCGUUCUUCACGAGACCAUUUUACAAGGCGCUCUUGAGGAUACCGGCGAGUUUGAGCGAUCUGGAGAGCUUGGAUCAGGAGUUCCAUCAGAGUUUAAUGUGGAUUAAGGAGAAGGAUAUCAGUAUCGAACCGUUAGAAUUGACUUUUUCAGUGACGGAAGAACUUUUGGGACGAGUCGCCGAACGCGAGUUGAAGCCGGGCGGUAGAAACAUUGCGGUCACCGAAAAGAAUAAGAAGGAGUAUCUCGAGAGGGUAGUGCGUUGGCGACUUGAACGUGGCGUUGCGGAGCAGACAGAAUCACUGGUCCGCGGUUUCUACGAAGUGGUGGAUCCACGUUUGGUGUCCGUUUUCGACGCCCGUGAAUUAGAAUUGGUUAUUGCGGGCGCGGCUGAGAUCGACCUGAACGACUGGAGGACACACACAGAGUACAGAAGCGGCUACCAUGACGCGCAUCCGGUGGUGGAAUGGUUUUGGAGCAGUAUAAGUAGAUUCACGAAUGAGCAACGUCUUAGAUUACUGCAAUUUGUCACUGGCACCUCGAGCAUUCCGUACGAGGGGUUUGCGGCUUUGCGGGGAUCCACAGGGCCAAGAAAAUUCUGCAUUGAGAAAUGGGGAAGACCAAACAGUCUACCUAGGGCUCAUACGUGCUUCAAUCGUUUGGAUCUUCCCCCUUACCCCACGCCCGAGAUUUUGUACGAAAAGCUGCUAUUGGCUGUAGAAGAAACAAAUACAUUUGGUAUAGAAUAAAGCGACGAAGUAGAUUUGUAAUUAUAAAGAAUAUGUAUGAUUGUUUGAUAGAAUGGAAAUAGUUAUCCAGAUUGCAUUUUUUAAGAAAAAUAAGAUGAGAUUGUACAGGCCUAACGAUUUGUGAAUUACAUCAUUACUAAUUUAUUCAAAUCGGAUAUGCGAUGUAAAUAAUGAAAUAGUCAGCAGCUUUACAAUCUCUUAGAAUUAUGAUCAGACAAUGUGUUUAAUUUAUUAUGUAAAAUAUGUAAGAUAUAUAGCAUUAUGAUUGAAUAUUCUCUCUCUUCAAAUUUGUGAAUAUACCUGAUUCGUCGAUUGUGAAAGUUCAUACUUGUUAAUGCGUUAUGUACACACUGAGAUCUCGUAAACCUACAAUUUUUCUAAUUUGGAUUUUUCUCUAAUUAGUGAGGCUAAUCUUUCAGUUUUCCAAAUCUCCCUUUUUUUAUAAAUUUAUAACAAGUUUUAAUAAGAAUAAAUCCUUUCUAGAAUCUUUAAACUUUCUUACUGUGUGGAUUUAUAAAAAUUUAUAAAAAUAAGAUUCAAGUAAUUAUUUUUUAGAUAAAUGCAAAAGAAUAUGUGCUGUUGCUAUUAUUGCUACUAUCACUAAUAUUACUACACUAUUUACUAUUUCUGCUAUUAUUAUUAUUGUAUAUUUUUAAUAUCGCUACUAUUAUUGCUGCUACCGCUAUUGGUAUGUACACUGAGAAAAAAGUUUUUAAAAAACAAGUAUUUAUAUAUUUAAUUUAAAUAUUUAAAAUAAAAUUUAUGUAUUGUAUGUAUUUUAUUUUAAACAUUGAUGAGUUGUAAAUCGUCUAUAAUCGGUCAAACAUCGGAUCUUAGUGAUGGAUAUGAUUUUUUUUUCUAUUAAAUUUAAUUUUCUUAGCUUUAUUUUAAACUGCGCGCCGACAGGAUUCGUCAGACUUAAGACACAUGGCCCGUUUUUUUUUAGAUGCACUGGUGCACUGGUGCAACAAGUUAAAGUGAGACGAAUAUAUUUUUCUCAUAUUAAUUUAUUGCACCAGUGCAGCAGUGCAGCUAAAAAGAACAGUCCAACAGUUAAAACUAACUUUCGAUGCUCGAGAGCAUCUUAAAAUCCCCCCUUUCCCAUCUUCCCCGAAAAUCUUCCCCCAUUAUGCCUUGGUGGCGUGACGCUCAUCAAAUUGAACGACGAGAGUUCUGGGUUCGAACCUCGGCUGAGGUAUUAUUUUUCGCAAUAAAUCAAUUUACAGUUUUUUGGAAAAGACUGGAAGGGGGGAUUUUAAGAUGCUCUCGAACAUCAAAAUUUAGCUUAUUAACUGUGUCUUAAGUCUGACGAAUCCUGUCGCAGUUUAAAAUAAAGCUAAGAAAGUUAAAUUAAUAAAAAAAAAAAAAUCAUAUCCAUCACUAAGAUCCGAUGUUUAACCGUUGUAGGCAAUUUACAACUCAUUGAUAUGUUUAACAUAUUACGGUUAGAAGUAAUGCACUAAUAUUAUUUUAUUUUAUGUAUUUUAUGUAUUUAAAUUAUUUAAAUAUACAAAUAUUUAAACCAAAGAAAUUGAAUUGAAAAAUGUAUUCAAAUUAACAAAUUUUUUUUCUUAGUGUAUUGCUACUACUAUUGCUGCUACGGCUACUGCUCUGCUACUGCUAUUGCUACUGUUACUGCUACUGCUAUUGUUAUUAAUAUAUUAAUAUCAAUUAAUAUUAGUAUUAAUAUUGAUUAAUAUUAAUAUUAAUAUCAAAUAGUAUUAGUAUUAAUAUUAAUAUGAGAAUAUCAAUUAAUAUUAGUAAUAAUAUUGAUUAAUAUUGAUAGUGAUUGAUAAUUAUAUAGCCACACAAAAAAAUAAUUGUCUGUAAGAUAUUAUGUAUUUUGAGCUACUGAACACAAAUCCUAUAUCAGAAUUGCCCCAUCACGCAUUAUUUUCUACGUGUAACAAAAUUAUUGCGAUUUUUAGGAUUUUUAAGUCACUUUUUUUAUUAAAAAAAAGGUGAGUGAUGGGAAAAUUCUGACGCUGGAUUUGUGUUUAGCGGCACAAAAUACAUAAGCAUAUCAUGGUCUGGUCCGUUGUACAGAUCAAUUUUUUUGUGUGACUGUAUUAUUUCUUAUUAUUUUAACAUUAUAUCUUUUUUUACAAUAAGAUUUUAACAUAGAGUUUGAAAGAUAACGUUAGGUACGUUUAGCAGACAGAAUAAAUCAAUAAGCACUCAGUGAUUAGUUCCUGUUUCUAGAUAUAAGAAAUGAAUGCAAGAAUCAAUCAUAUUAAAAAAUUACUAAGCGGUCACUGAUUUGUUCUGUCUGCUGAACGCGUCCAUUGUAUUGAGAGAGAUUAUUUGCAGUUCUACUAAUAUUAAAAAAAAUUUAUAUAUAUUUUUAUAUGUAUAAUUUUUUUUAUUUCGGGUUAUACAUCGAGAUCUGAGUGUAUCAUUGCUGAAUAUUUAAUUGGUCAUCACCGAUGUUUCUAGUCCGUGAGUUGGAAUUUCACAUGCAGCUGCCUUUUAAUAUAUCUUAACAUUCCGAAAAUUGUUGUUAGUUACAUUUGAAGAGUUUAUGAAGUGACACGUUAUAACGCAGAAAAUAAAUAUCGCACCUCUAUAAAUUGGCGAUUUAAAAAAAUUGGCUGAAGCAGCAUUUUUAUCUUGCGUCUACUUAUUACACUAUGUGACACUUAAAAAAAAAUUACUUGUUCCUGUGAUAAAAAUACAUUUUCCUGAUUGCUUGUAGCUCAAACGUAUAAAAAAGAAUUGUCGUUUAAUACAAAGUUUGGAUUUGUGUUAAUCGAGGACAUUAAUUACAGUAUUUAUAAUAGUAAAAUUGAAAAUUUUCUAUUUACUUUCAUAACUGCACAUAAUCAAGUAACAGCCUGCUUACAGUAUAUAUGUGUGUGCGUGCGUGCGUGUAUGUGUGUGUGUGUGUGUGUGAAUGCUCUACACUUUUUAUAUAUCUUAAUAUUAUAUUACCUCACUUUCGAUUGAUAAAAAUAAAAUUUGAAGUGAUUUUCGGAACAAAAUAACAUUGAUCGACAAAAUUUCGACUUUUUUUGGCUUUAAAGUAAAUGAAGUAUUUCCGGUAGAUUUUAAUGCGCUUAUUACGAAUCUGACCUUGAAAAUAUCGUAUUACGUCAAAUUUUUGAGAUAUUUCAAUUCUAUUGUGCAAAAGAUAACGUUUCCUAUCAUUUUCAAAAACCUAUAAAAUUUAUUAUUUCUAAGGGUUAUUCUAUUCAUUAAAAGGUAGGUCAUAUUCGUAAUCAUCACACAUCAAAUUAUUUUAAAAGUGUUAUCAAAUUGAGGGGCUGAUAUUAUCAUAAUUUUGCUCAGAAGUUUUUGAAAUUUUAAUGUCCUGACCUCAAACUCAAAGUUUUAUGAGUAGAAUGCCAAUUUUCCUUACAUUUUCAUAAAAGCAAGUAGAAAAUCGUAGUCACGACACAGGAACAAAAUUCGUGUUACAUAUUAUUAUUGCUUAGUUAUAACAACGAUAUAAGUAUAAUCUUUAAAAAAAACUUUGCACAUAUAGUAUAAAAAUUUUUGAGGAAAUUAAGAAAUUCAUUAAGGAAUUCAUCAAUAAAGGAAUCUAUUAAGGAAUAAUUAACAUACACGAGAAAGAUAGACUUAUUACAAUACCUUUUUAUUAAGCAAGUACGUUAUUAUUUAUUAUUGAAUUGCUAUGUGUGUAUACACACACACACACACACACACACACACACACACACACACACACACACACACACACACACACACACACACACAGCGAACUUAUGUAUUUGUACAGUUAUAUAAUUGUUAUAUAUAAAUGAUAAAUAAAAUGCAAUGAACAUAAAAA